AUGGCGUCUCGUCUCCGAGCAUGGCUCCUAAAGAAAAUGAAUUCAAGAGGCAGGAAUCGACCUAGACAUACUACAUCUGCAGUUCCAAAUCCACACUCGGCUCCAAGCGCCCGCGAAAUCGAUCCCCCGCCGCCUUACCACAAACUAGAUCUUCUCGCUGAGGGCAUUCGCCAGCCUUCGAGAACCACAGAAAGGGCCGAAGACACAGAGACUCUCCGCGUCCGGAACUCAAGACCUCGGGCCCCAUACGCCAACUCGCGACCCUUAACUCCACCCCGACAUAUGAAGACGUCUAUUGAAACUGCUCGGGCUGCCGGUGAGACCGCUGUCACCGGCAUGGUCCGCGCUCUUGACGAGCAGGACCCAAAAAUGGUCGCCGCCCGUACCGCUCAAGCUAUUGCUGUGGCUGUCUCCACCUCACGCUCCUAUACUGCCUUCAUUGCUGCUGUUACUGCAGUCGAGAGCACCGCCAGACUUCUCGCCGAAGACUCCCGCGACAACAUGCCGCUUAGUUGGUACAAGGAACGAGCAAAGAAUUCCAUUCGUACUGCUACCGACACUGCCAUGGCCGCCGAUGCCGGUCUUACGUUCAUUGGUCCCUGGCCCUUCAACCAUCACGACAACCGUUCUUCUAGGUUUCCAUCACGAACAACUCACCAAUGCCCAACAUGUUCAUAUGUGCCGUCAACAGGUUGA